CCGGGUCGUCUGUCGGUAGCAGCAGCAGCAGCAGGCGAGCGUUUAUGUGCGUGCGUGGGAGGAGUAACCAAAGAGGAGAGCAUAAAUAAAUUCAUUCUACCGCAGUCGGUUGUGAGAAUCGAUGCUAGCAGGAGCAUCGCGACGCCUACCUCGUCGCCGUGUGCAGAACAGGGAAUUUAAAGUGCUACCGCCGCUGGUAGACAAAGUGUUUGGAAUAGUCUUGUAAAAUCAGCCUGCUGUGCUCGGGAGAUUGUGCUUUAAAAGUUUAAAACAGAUGAAUAUCCGUUAGAAGGGGUAGUUGGUUACAGUGUAAAGUGCACCUAAUUGGAUAAGCAGGCAGUGUUUUUUUGCGUCGCGACGGUUCGAUUUCCCAGGUCAAUAUGAUUGCCAGCUGGUACGAGAUCCUGCUCAUUUGUGGCAUCAUCCUGCUGCCCAUUUGCUAUGAAACGAGCCACAAAUUUCGAUACAACUUCAAGUUUUUCGUGUACUACUUUGCGGUCAUGAUAAACUCGUUGAUAUUGAUACCAGCGAUGCUUUUCCGGGCCAAGGAUGUACGAAAUCUGGUGUGGGCAGGAGCAUUUUGUCGCCACAUCUCGACGGUUCUCGGCCUGCGCUGGGAGCUUCGGGGAGCGGAAAUUUUGUCCCGUGACGAGGCCUACGUCAUCGUCUCCAACCACCAGAGUUCGCUGGACAUUUUGGGAAUGUUUGACUUUUGGCACGUGAUGCAAAAGUGCACCGUGAUAGCGAAGAAGGAGCUUCUGUACACUGGACCGUUCGGAGUGGCCGCCUGGCUUGCGGGACUGAUUUACAUCGACCGGAAGAACCCGGCCAAAGCGCACAGCGUCAUGAACGACUGCACCGACAUGCUGAAGGAAAAGCGCAUCAAGCUGUGGGUGUUCCCGGAGGGUACCCGGCGGAACACGAACGAAAUUCACGCGUUCAAAAAGGGCGCCUUCCACGUGGCCGUCAGCUCCCAGUUGCCAAUCAUGCCGGUGGUGUACAGCUCGUACAGCACCUUCCUCGACGACAAGGCCAAAAUCCUCAACAACGGGCACGUGAUCGUGACCACGCUGGAACCGAUCGAGACGAAGGGCCUCACGACCGAGGACAUUCCGGCGCUGAUGGAGCGCGUGCGGAACGUGAUGAUCGAAACGUUCAAGGCCACCUCGAAGGAGAUCGAAGUCAAGUACGGCGUGAAUGGGAACGGGCUCGCGACCACCCUCAACAGUGGCGGAAAGGGACGGUUCCGGUAUCUGGAUGAGUUGAUCAAGCCGAAGCUUGGAGGUGGAGGCGUAGCAGGAGGGGAUGCCGGGUCGCCUCUGGUCAGCAAUGGGUCGUCGGUAAAGCAGAUGGUGCCACCAUUGGUACCGGACGGCGUUCACCGGCGUAAGGAUUAAGGAUCUUGUGCUGCCACAUUCUGGGUUCUCUCUGCGAGUGGAACCACGCAGCUGGCAUAAUCGACGGCAAACCCACACUAGUGAGAACAUGAAACCAUGUUUUUCUAACUUUUUUGUAUUUAUUAGUAGUCGUUUGUUUUUUUUUGAGCUAAAGACGCUUAUAUCCAAUGUAUUAUUCUAGUAUUUUUUUAACUUUAGGUUUUUGGUUUUGUUUAACAAUAAAAACAAAGAGUCAUUUAUCAGAAGGCAAUCAUCAAUGCAACCGAAAAAGCACUUAAUGACGACAACCAACACAUGUUUGACUAAACCUCGAAAGUAAAUAUUACCACUGGAAGCUGUAAUUAAGCAAGUCAUUAGACGUAAUCAGGUGCAAACAUAAGCAGGUCCUGCUCGAAACAGAUGAAUGAUACUUCUUUGUUGAGAAACAUAGCGUCUCGUAGCUGAGUGCAGUGCAAUCCGAAAUCACUGCGGUUUCUUUACAUUCACAGCAGAAUUAACUAAAUUAGUAAUGUUUAUUUAUGUGUUUUGUUGUGUACAUAAGUAUAAAUUCGUGUGAAUUAUUUUAUACUGAAGAACAAAUCUUAUGAUAACCAAAUUAAAGCAAGGAGGCAUUUUAACAGAAUUUUCAGACAACUAGUUCAUAGGAAGCAAACACAUCCACACACAUAAAUCGACAGACUUAUGAACCUUCAACGAAAGUAUAGGGACAAAAUUAAUACGAGUCCGUAUUGCGUCGCCAUUAUAGUUUCGAAAUGUGAUCACAGUGCAGUAUGGAGUCUAAUUUUGCCUGAUAAAAUAUCUUCACUGUUCUGUCAUAGAUACAAUGUAUAAAUAUAGGGAAGUGCGUCGUGGAAUGCGUACCCCCGCAAAAGUGUUAGUUUUCAAAGUUCAAUCAACAAUAAAGUAAAAUCUAAAAUUC